AUGGAAUCGGAAAAGGAUACAAUAUUUGAUCGAGUUUUGAAAUCGGCAGGAAACGAUGGCGUAUUUCAGAAGAGAUAUAAUUACUUUUACAAUUGCAUACUUGUUGGUAUAACAAGUAUAAUUUAUUUAAAUAUAGUUCUGAUGAUGGCGAUUCCAGAUCAUUGGUGUCAUGUACCAGGACGAGAAUUCACUAAUUACACACUUGAUGAGUGGAGAUUUCUGACUAUACCAAACUACGACAAAAAAUCAAGCUCAUGCCAAAUGUAUAAUGACACUAAUCGAGAAAUUGUCGAACCACAGAUUCGACAUAUUAUACACGCCAUGCAGAACGUUAUUAAUUCUGUUAAAAGAACCGCUUUGGAAGUCGCCGAAUAUUUGACACCUAUUUUAAAGGAAUCUAAAUUUAGAGAAACAGGAGUCUUGACUCCUGAAGAAUUUGAAAUGCUGUACAAGAAAAUCCAAAAAGCUAUUACCCUGAAUUUAGAGUUUAGACUAAUAAAGAAACUACAUCAUUUUGCUUCAUUUUUAUUUAUUUUAGCUUGUCAAUAUGGUUACGAGUAUGACAAGACCUGGUAUCUGUCAACAAUACCUUCAGAUCACGAUUGGGUUUGUGAUAAACUACUAUACGGUACAAAUGUAUUCGCAAUGAUCAGAGUUGGAGAAGUUAUUGGAACAUUUAUUUUUGGCCAGUUGGGAGACAGAAUUGGCCGGAGAAUCGUGUUCUAUAUGAGUUUAUUGGUAGCGAUAAGUGGACGAUUGUUAACAAUUUUUACCACAAACUGGUAUCCAGUUUUCGUUAGCGCUGUCGGCUUUGGAGCAUUUGCUACGCCGUCUAUUAUGCAAAGUACUCUUAUAAUUGGAAUGGAAACCACGAAAAGUGAUGAUAGAUCACAUAUUCAAAUGUCUCAAUGCAUCGGUUGGACCAGUGGAUUGAUAAUAUUACCUCUUCUUAUGUGGGCUACAAGAGAUUGGUUUAUCUUCGGGUUAAUAACUACGUUACCAGCUAUUGUUUUCCUAAUUCCAAACAAAUACAUGAUCGAAUCGCCAAGAUGGCUUCUGAGCCGAUGCAAAUUUGAAAAAUGUGAAAAAAUGCUGAAAAGGAUUGCUGAUAUAAAUGGAAUGGCUUUGGAUAAAGAUGCGUUACAAGAAAUGAAAGGAAUGUCAUUUACGCCUGAAAAAGUUUAUGGGAUUCUAAGCUUAUUUUCCAGUUUUAGGCUUGCAUUAAGCACUAUUUUAAUAGUGAUAUGCUGGAUUGUCUGCGGCUUAUGCUACUUUGCUUUGAUGUUAAAUAUUACCAAUACCGAUGGUAAUCCAUUUUUGAAUUUUUUAUAUCAGUCUGCUGUGGAAUUACCAGCGUAUUUAUUAGCACGACUGUCGUGUGAUAAAUUAGGAAGGCGAUUGACUGCCUCAUCUUCUUUUGCUCUCGGAAUGAUAGCCGCUACCGCACUAUUUUUUAUAGUAAAUGAUGAGAAGUUGCAAGUACUUGAGACAAUUCUUCCAGUAGUGAUAAGAUUCUGCAUCAGUAUAAAUUUCUACGUAGUUUGUUUACAAUCGAUGGAAAUAUACCCGACUUGUAUAAGACAAACUGGUAUAUCUAUUGGAACUAUUGUAUCCAACGCUGUGGGUGUACUAGGGCCAUACAUAGUUUACUUGGGUACUUCAAUUGAUAAGCGAUAUCCAUAUGCAAUUUUAGCUGUAGUACUAUUAUUAGCGGCUGUUUCUUCAAUGUUCUUACCCGAGACUUUAAAUGCAAAAUUGCCAGAAACUCUUGUAGAAGCUAAAGAAUUCGGCAAAAAUCAAAAGUUUUGGAGCUUGCCUCAAAAAAACAAUAUUAGAAAUGAAUGUACAACAGAUUUAUAA